AUGGCUUCAUCUGAACAACGAAAACUUUUCAAAUAUGAAAAGCCACUCAAAUGUAAAAGCUUCAGAAGUAUCAGGGAUAUCUGUCUCCCUCCCCUGAUGCCUUUGCACAAAGCAGACUUGAAGCCAGAAAUGGAGAACUAUAGGCAUGGCUGUAUGAGGAAUUCCAUGUUUUGUAAUCACCUCAUCCUAAAACCAGAAUUAGGAAGAACCCGAAGAAUUUGCAACAUGUUACCAGGAUCUGAUUUUGUGUAUGAAGAUGGCGUGGCUGAAACAAUCGGACAAUGGAGAAAACAUACAGAUACUGCUUCACCAAAAAAACCCCCACGCAAUUUUCUUAACUUUAAUGCAAAAGCUGUACAGGCUGGCUUAGUUACUCCUGCUGAGUACCAUUCAUUCAGCUUGAGUUAUGACCAAACCCAAGCAAUUAAAAAAGCUAAACCACUCCUAGACCAUAUGCCCAAAAAACAACACAGAGAUCAAAAUGUUACUAUAACUGACCUAAUCCAGCAGAAGUUCAAGAACCAACGGAUACAGAAAAGAAAUAUGAAAGAUUCAAUUCAUUAUAAAGACUUUGUCAAGAUCACACCAAAAGAAAGUUACUACCAAACCUGUGGCACCAAGGUCAAGCAAUAUCACUCACAAACCAAACCAUUCCGUCCUUGGCAAUUGGCCCAAUUUCAGAAGGCUGAAGCAUGUCUUAACACCUUCUCAGAUGAGGAGAUUCACCUAAAGUCACUGAAGAACUUCCGUGCAGAAGCUCCCGUAAGAUGUAGUGCCCUUUCUCUGGGCAUUUACACUAGUGCAUUUUAA